UCGGGAAGAGGCGGGCCCCGCGCGCCCUGCGCUCGCCAUGGCUGCGCGGGCGGCGACGUGAGCGGCUCGGCGGACCCCACGCCGGGGCCGGCCGGGCCUGCGCCGCCGGAGUCCCUGCGCCCUAGGCCAUGCGGCCGCUCUCCCUGGGGCUGUGGCUUUUGCAGUCGCUCUGCUGCCUGGGAGCCGCGGCGACGCCCCCAGACUCUUUUCCCCAGCUGGCUGCUCCUCGGAACCCAAGAAUUCGCCUAUACAACGCAGAGCAGGUUCUGAGCUGGGAGUCUUCGCCCUCAGGCAACAACACGGGCCCAGUAUUCUACCGGGUGCAGUAUAAAUACACUGAUAGCAACUGGCACAACUCCGAGUCCAGAGAGGCGAACUGUACACGGAUCACAGCGACGGAGUGUAGAUUCACCACGGCCAGCCUCUCCGGGGGCUUCCCAAAGGACUUCAACGUGUCUCUGCGUGUGCGGGCCGAGCUGGGACCACGCGUAUCUGCCUGGGCAACAGUGCCUUGGUUUCAGCACUUUCGAAAUGUUACCAUUGGGCCUCCAGAAGACAUCGUGGUGACCCCAGGAGCAGGCUCCCUCAUCGUCACGUACUCUGCCCCCUUCGACACCGGGAGCCCCACGGAGGCCACGUUUUCCUACAUUGCCAAAUAUUGGGAAAGGGGUAGAACGCAUAAGGUUAUAGGCCCUGUCACAAGCAACUCCAUUUUGCUGGAAAACUUGAAGCCCUUCAAAGUGUACUGUUUAAAAGUCCAGGCACAACUGUUUUGGACAGUGACAAAGAUCACGAAGCCCGGGAAUUUCAGCAAAGAAUUUUGCUCCGAAACAGCAGCAGAUGCCUCCACCAGGCUGCAGCAGAUCAUCCUGAUCUGUCUGGGAACCUUUGCGCUGCUGCUGGUGCUGACCGGGGGCUGUUUCCUCCUGGUCCGGAGAUACCAAGGGCUGAUCAAGUACUGGUUUCACACUCCGCCGAGCAUCCCGUCACAAAUAGAAGAGUACUUAAGGGACCCUGCUCAGCUCAUCCUAGAGGUCUUGGACCAGGACAGUUCCCCAAAGGAUGAUGUCUGGGACUCUGUAUCCAUCAUCUCUGUUGCAGAGAAGGAAGGAGAAGACUUGGAACCAAAGCACUGGUCCAGCCGGGCAUCCCCAGAGGAGGACAUUGAGCAGGGAAGUUAAUGACAUCCAGCCUGGAGCUCACACAGACCCACUCCCGGCUCCUGCCUCAGAAGCCUGCCAUGCUGAGUGUCUAGAGGAAGACAGCUGAGGACUUUUUCUAAGAAUUUCCUGACUCUCUGCGUUUGGUGGCAAACACCUGUGGCCACAGGACUUGGGAGACUGAGGCAGGAGGAUCACUGCAAGUUUGAGGCCAACCUGUCCAAAAAAAAUUCUCUGAGUUUUACAAGUUCCUAGGAAGAUUCUACAGAAAUCUCUUAAAAGAUGAAGGUUUCUUUUAAACACUAAAAACACAUGAAACUUCUUGCCUGCAGCAUGACUACAGCAGGUCUGUGUCAGUUUCCCUGAUGGUUGGUCCAGGCCAUUUGGAGAUUAGUUGUUCUUCUGAACUAAUAACUGAGUUGUCCCAGUCUGACCCAGCCUGUCCCAAGGAUGGAUCAUAGGUGCCUUCCAGUUUGCUGGCUUCAAAUGUGAUUCACCCUGGAGUGAGGACACAGCACUUGGCUAGCAUGCAUGAGGCUCUGGGUUCAGUCUGACACCACACACACACACAAGUAAACUAGUAAAAAAUGUUUCUAGGGGCUGGGGAUUUAGCUCAGCGGCAUAAGCACCUGCCUUGCAAGCAGGUGGUCGUGAGUUCGAUCCCCGGUACCGAUAAAAAUGAAAAAGACAAAAAAAAAAAAAAAAAAAAAAAAGGUUUCUAAUAAAUUUUUUUUAAAAAUCUAGAAACCAGUAUAUAGGGAACUUUUUCAAUAGUCUCUGUGCAGUUUUUCGUUCCAUUUUGCCGUUUUUCGUUUUGGCCUAUUUUCUGCCAAGUUUUAGCUUCUUAAACUUCCUAUGUAAACUUGUGUUUUCUUAGGUAACACCCAGCAUAGCUGAUGGGGCCCCAGGGAACUCCCUGGCAAGAACACUGUGGGUGUCAUGUGAUUCCUUGAAGCGGGAUGACGAGGUUUUCAGAAGUGAUUUUCAUUCUUGGCUUACAUGCUGAAGAGCACUGUGCUAAAGAGAAUAGGCUGACCUGUGAUGUUUUCCACCAAAUGUACACGAGACUGGAUGGUGCUGGUGUUGGGGGGCUCUUUCGUUCAAGCGACACAUGCUUGAAGCCCAUCUUAUGAGUCUUAACAUUUAGGAAAGAGAUGGGUGGAUGCACCCCAAGCCUGCACAGGGAACACAGUGGCAGCCAGGCCUGCUUUGGGCAAAGCCCUGCUGGCCACCUUUGCUCAGCUCAGCAGCGGAUGAGGAGAUGCCGUCUGAAGGCUGAUGAAGCUUCUAGCACUGGUUGGUGAAGUCAGCUUUUUUUCCUCAGUUGGGCCCAGUCUUGCUGCUUGGAAGCUGGGUGCUUUUCCUUUAGGCAUUGUGCAAUUGGCUGUCCAGGGAGGCAGGAGGUGUGGAACCCAGUGGUAGGGUGCCUGUCUAGCAGGCCCAAGGGUGUUGCCCAUCAUGGGCAACAAAGGAAAAAAGGCCAGUCCCGCCCCCAGCAGCCUGUGCUUGUAAGUCCUGUCUCUUAGAUGCACCUUGUGUUGGCACAGAUUUGCAGGAAGGGUUAGUAAGUGGGAGAAGUAAAAAUUCUCUGUGGACACUUAGGACAGAAGCGCGUCCUCUGCUGACCAUGGGAGGAGAUGACAGGAUGUGUAAACAGCCACCCCUCAGUAUCCUUCGGAGAUUACUGUAGGUCUAAGCCCCCCGCUUGGGAACCAAACCCACAGACACUCAAGUCCUUAUGGAGAAUGGUGUUAUAUCUGUAUAUGACUGACAUACACCCUCUUGUACACUUUCAGUUAUCUCUAGGUUAUGUACAAUACCAACACUAUGCAAAUUGACUAAUCAAUAGAAUUAAUACAGUAUGCCACUAGCUUAAAAAAUUAACUUAGGACUUUAAGUUUUAGUCAAUCUAAGUUUAAUUCUUCUAAGAUUUUUUUAGUUGGAAGAAAAGAAAAAAAGUUUUUGGUGGGGGAGGGGAUUGGUUUUUUGAGGCAGGAUUCACUAUGUUACCCAGGCUGCCAAGGACAUAGUGAGGCCCAGCUGGCCUCAAACUCGCAAAGAUCCUCCUGCCUCAACCUCCUGAGGGCUGGGAUCAUAUUCAUACACCACCACACCUGGCUCAGUCUUCUAAAUCAUCUAUAACAGAGUAUAACCUUAAGUGGCUGGGUAAAUCCAGCCCAUUCCAUUAUUGCAUAGCCUGUGAACUAAAAAUACUUUUUACAUCCUUAAAUUGGAAAAAAAAAAUUUCAUCACAUGCAAAAUUCAAAUUUCAAUGUCCAUACAGUUUUAUUGGAAUACAGUGAGGUUAUCGUCUAUAGCUUCUUUUGCAUGACAAGUCAGAAUUCCGUUGCAUCAGAGACUGUGUCGCCACAAACCUUAAGAUAUCUGCUAUCUGGCCUUUUAUGGAAAGAGUUGCUAACUGCAGCCUAUUCAAUGAACUGGUCAUUGUAGAGGUGCAGAGAUUUACUCGUGUAGUUUCAGGUCAUGAAUUACAGGUCCAUGCAUUUCACAGGGAGCUCUGGGGUCACAAGCUGUAGGCGGGGAACCCUUCCUUCUGCUGUGCACCUAUAGAUCACAUCAUGGACCAUGCACUAGGGAAGGCUGGCUGGAGUCCAGGAGGAUGCACUGCACGCACAUAAAUGGGAACGAGAGCCCUAUACAAAGAACUACUCACCCAGAGAUGAUGUAGUUAGUUGGACUGAGGCCACUUGUAGACCGUAAGUUAUUUUUCUGUGAAUUAGAUGAGGUCACCUAUCUUAAAGACACUAUUUCCAAACGCUACAAACUGUUAAGUAAGCACAUUUCCUGUGCCUAUUCUAUGAAGGACAUUACACACCCCUGAGGACCAGACGCUGGUGUCCUUGAAGAUAAAUCCCUGCGUGAGCUCACAAUUACACAGGAAGUGCUAAGACCCAAGAGGGUGAAGGACAGAGGCUUUCAGAAGAGAAAAGGCCUCAGGGCAGGACCUGGAGGCCUGGUAGAGACCUAACCUAAGGGAGACAUCCAUCUGCAAGACACCACCUGAUGUUCUGCCCUAGAAAAAAAAUGGGUGCUGCUCUCUCCCCCAAGACUUCCACAUGGAAUGUUUUUCCAUUUUUCUGAGAUGGGGUCUCACUAAUGUGGCUGGGCUGAAAAUCCCAAUAAUCCCCCUGCCUCGUCCUCCAGAGUGCUGGAAUUAAAGGUGUGCACCACCA